CGGGAGCCCCAACUUAGCUACCAGCCAGCUCCGCCCCGCUUACAUAAGAGCUCCCGCGGCCUCUCGCGAGACUCCCGCCCCCACGUCACCGGCAGACCAGACUUCGACAACAUGGCGGAGCGGAGGAGACAUAGGAAGCGGGUCCAGGAAGUUGGUGAGCCGUUCAAAGAGGAGAAAGCUGUAGCCAAAUACCUACGUUUCAACUGUCCAACAAAAUCUACCAACAUGAUGGGCCACAGAGUUGAUUAUUUUAUUGCCUCAAAAGCUGUGGAUUGCCUUUUGGAUUCUAAAUGGGCAAAAGCCAAGAAGGGAGAUGAAGCCUUAUUUACAACUCGAGAGUCUAUAGUUGACUAUUGCAACAGACUCCUAAAGAAACAGUUCUUUCACCGAGCAUUGAAAGUGAUGAAAAUGAAGCCUGAUAAGGACACAAAAAAAGAAAAAGAGAAAGGAAAGACUGAGAGUGGGAAAGAGGAUGAGAAAAAGAGCAAGAAGGAAAGUGGCAAAGAUGAAAAGACUAAGAAGGAGAAAGAGAAGGAAAAGAGAAAGGAUGGUGAGAAAGAAGAGUGCAAGAAGGAUGAGAACCCAGGAACACCCAAGAAAAAGGAAACCAAGAGAAAAUUUAAACUUGAGCCACAUGAAGAUCAAGUUUUUCUGGAUGGAAAUGAGGUGUAUGUGUGGAUCUAUGACCCAGUUCAUUUUAAAACAUUUGCCAUGGGACUUGUUCUUGUGAUUGCGGUUAUAGCUGCAACUCUCUUCCCGCUUUGGCCUGCAGAGAUGCGAGUAGGUGUUUAUUACCUCAGCGUAGGCGCAGGCUGUUUUGUAGCCAGUAUUCUCCUCCUUGCUGUUGCCCGCUGCAUUCUCUUCCUUAUUAUUUGGCUGAUAACUGGAGGAAGGCAUCACUUCUGGUUUUUGCCAAAUCUGACAGCAGACGUGGGUUUCAUUGACUCCUUCAGGCCCCUGUACACACACGAAUACAAGGGACCAAAAGCAGACUCAAAGAAAGAGGAGAAAUCAGAGUCCAAAAAGCAGCCAAAGUCUGACAGUGAGGAGAAAUCAGAUAGUGAGAAAAAGGAAGAUGAGGAUGGAAAAGUCGAAGCAACAGGCAACUCAGGAGCAGAUGGCUCUGGAGGAGAGCGGCAUUCAGACACAGACAGUGAUAGGCGUGAGGAUGACCGAUCCCAGCAUAGUAGUGGAAAUGGAAAUGAUUUUGAAAUGAUCACAAAAGAGGAACUUGAACAGCAAACAGAUGAAGGAGAUUGUGAGGAGGAGGAGGAGGAGGAGGAAGAAGAAACUAGGCCUUUACAUGAAAAAUCCUAACUCACUGUAGUUUUGAGACUCUAUAUGUGCAAAACAAUUGGAUUUUCUUCAUUGGCUGAUCACCAAAAUGUAGUUACAGUAACAUUCUUUCCAUUUGUUUGAAAUACACAUUAUCCAAACAGUUUUAUAUCUAGUUUCAUCAUUUAAAAAAAACUAUUAGCUUGAUUACUUGAUACAAUCUGAAGUCAUUAAUACACAUUUACAAAAGUUGUGUCAAUUUGACAAGUUUUCUGUCAGAUCCUAUAAUUUGUCUAGAUAGUCCUCAAACAUACCGAAGAACAUAGUUUCCCUAUUGUCAUUUUCUGGUACUUGCAUAACUUUUCAGUAAGUAUAGCCUACUCAAAAUAGCUUUGUAAAAUGGUAAAAGUUGAAUGACCAAAUCUCACAUUAUUCCUAGUAUAUUCAUUUGAUAGCUAGUUAAGUAAAGCACUUCUUAGCUCAUGGCUCUCUUGACAUUCUUCUUGAUUUUUAUAAAAUUGUAAGAAAAAACUUUAAGACAACUAGUUUUAGCAGAAGGUAAUUUUAAAGUAUUUUGCUAGACAUACAAGCUGGUAGUGCUUAUUUGGCUGCAGUGUUUUCAGUUGUGUACAAAUUGUGUACCACCAACUUAAGAAAUUCAAACUGUUUUGUACAUCUGGUUCAGAGAAAGAUGUCAUCUCGAGAGGCAAAGGGAACAGCAUAGUUUGGAAACUAUGGCUGUCUUCUUUUCACCCUCACUUCCCCCACUAUCAUAAUUCAAGAAGAAAUUAUUCUGUAUGUAAUUUUAAAAUAAAGCAACCCUUUUUAUUUUAACUGUUACUUAUUAUUUAGAAGUUUUAUCCAAAUUUCAAUUUGUAUAAUUGAAGCCAUUUCAGGGUGUGUUUAUUAGAGAAAUGCAAGAUGGAGGACCUCACAGAAUCUGUUUGAUUGGUAGAUUUGUCCCAGGAGCUUUAGUUUCCUGCCAACAUUCCAUGUAUUUGAGUGAGUAAAUUGAUCCUUAUUAAACAAAAGCAGAUAACACAGCUGUCUGUAUGCCUUAAUGUUAAUCUUAACAUUUUCUAUAUUCAGAAACUGGAGUACUAUAUUAACUGAUGAGUAGGCACAUCUUGAGAGUAUUCACUUGUUCAGAAGUACAGAUAACAAAAAAGCUAAUUCAAAAGAUGACCAAGCUCAAAUUAUUUUCAAAACUGCUGAAGCACUUUGAAUGUUCAGUUUGUCUCACACAUCUCUUCUUUGCUAGACUGUUGGAGGACAUUUUGUGUUUAGUUAUAUAAGCAUUUAAAAAGUUAAGACAACAUAAUUCCUCUGAAUCAUUCAAUUUCAGACAAAUUGAAAUAGUGAAUACAGAUAUUAUUCCUCCCUGACACCACUGUGAGGAAAGAAUGCUAGUUGUUGUGUGAAUUUUCAAUAGUUGACAAAUCUUUUUUUUUUUCUUGCUCUUUUCCAUUACCAGUGUUUUGAAUGAAGAUGUUAAUUUUUCUGAUUGUGCAAAUAUAUACAUUUUACAUGUGCAGUGAUAAGGUCUAAUUUGCAUACUACUUCUGAAUAUUUAUUGUAUGGGGAACAGAAAUUGGCUCUGUUAUGCAUUUUUUCUAUUGAUACAGAAGAAAUUUUUAUUAACCUGUUCCCUGGCAAACUUUGACAUUUGUGUGUUACUGGUGUUUGCAGUGACUUGUUUUAACAGAUCUGUCACUACCAUCCCCUACCUUAGAUGUGCAUGU